ACUCGGUGCCUGCUGUCGUGCCAGAUGACUCAGUGCCCGCUGUCGUGCCAGAUGACUCGGUGCCCGCUGUCGUGCCAGAUGACUCGGUGCCCGCUGUCGUGCCAGAUGACUCGGUGCCCGCUGUCGUGCCAGAUGACUCGGUGCCCGCUGUCGUGCCAGAUGACUCGGUGCCCGCUGUCGUGCCAGAUGACUCGGUGCCCGCUGUCGUGCCAGAUGACUCGGUGCCCGCUGUCGUGCAGAUGACUCGGUGCCCGCUGUCGUGCCAGAUGACUCGGUGCCCGCUGUCGUGCCAGAUGACUCGGUGCCCGCUGUCGUGCCAGUUGACUCGGUGCCCGCUGUCGGGCUUGGUGACUCGGUGCCCGCUGUCGAGCCUGAUGACUCGGUGCCCGCUGUCGUGCCAGAUGACCCCGUGCCCGCUGUCAUGCCAGUUGACCCGGUGCCCGCUGUCGUGCC